CCGAAUAUGCGCACUUCUCUAUUAUUAGUCCGCUAAAAGCAGUUUAUAGAGUGUCUGAGUGCUCAGGAGGCUUUAAACAGGAGUCGAACGAUACAUUUUUAUAUCAAAACCAAGCGCUGCUGGAAAAAGGAAACAAAAAUGAUACAGUUAACAACUUCAAAGACAACUUUACCAUCUGUAAAUGCUGGAAGAAAUAAGAGAGGAGUCCAUGGUCUGGAGGCUGCUUUAUGAUGUGGUGAAGUUGGGGGUCAGUUUCAGCAGCUCCUGGUGCUCAGGAGAGAAGCUUUUUGGUUUGAUUUUGUUAAAGAUUAAGCACCAGGUCAUCAUCACUUUGUGGAAAGCUCGCGUAAUGAUACUGAGUUUAAUGAGAGCUUAAAAUUAAUGUUGGGUUAAAUUCGUGAACUUUUUUUUUUUUUGCGCAUCUUUUAUUUGUGUAAAGACGAGUGAAGGCGGCUGAAGGUUCCAGGAUUAUACCAUGGAUAUCCAUGGAUCAUACACCACGAGGACUGUUUUAUUCGGACUGUUUAUUCUCUUAAAAGGAGCAGUUUGCACAUCUGGAUACACCUUUAACGGUGUGAUCAGACACUUUGCUGUGGGGAACGACAAGGUGUUUGUUGCUACCGACUCUCGGCUCUAUCAGAUGAAGCACGAUCUCGUACAGGAAAAGAUUAAAGACAUAAAAAGGUUAAACAGCAGGCACCAGAACGCAGUGAGCAUCUUGUUACCUUUCGAGAAGAACGCAAGUGUGAUCAUCUGCGGCAACUCAGACUGCGGCUACUGCGAGGUCCUGGAUAUAACCGAUAUAACCCGAACCAUCUACAGGGAGGAAGACAUGCCGGUUGGACAACUUAUCAAUGAAUCAUCUGUUGCGUUCAUUGUUGAUGUUCCAAAGUCUGAUAACCUUGCAUACAUCUUGGUGGGGAGUAAGGAUAAGGAUAAGGAUGGUGUGGAGCAUGAAUGUCUAGUUUUCAAUAAUGGUGUGACAUUGCUCAACACUCACCAAAGUCAGCGAGGUGGCAUUUUUUCUCAACUUGACUCAACUGCAGUUGAAGCCAACAUUAAAAUUCCUGAUGUUGAGUGGGUCGACGGUUUCCAGGUACCUUCACAGUUUCAGUCCUACCUCUUCGCCAACACUGGGUGGAGAUCAAGCAGCCCAAAUAAAGUGGUUUUAUUCAAGAUGGAUAACAACAAUAAAAAAUCAGAAAUGACAGAAUCUUUGAAAGUUGCGACUUUAAGCUGCUGUGAGGGCCAAGCUCCCUCAAAACUUGUGUCUUCUACCUUUAUCUUGUUUGAGUCUUCUCUUUUAUGGAUGGGAAUAUUCCGUGCAGAACAACCACACAAUCCUGAGAACAACACUGCUUUGGCUAUUUACAACAUUACUGGCAUCAAACUUGAGGAUCCUCCUCAAGAAAUCACAUGUAACCCAUCAUGUGGCUCUCAGAAAGAUAACGGAAAGCCUGCUGUACCACUUGCUGUGGUAUUCAAACACAAUUCAAUGACAUCUGUGGCAGCGAGAAGGAAAGGGUCUUGGACUGCGCUGUUCAUUGGAACGGCAAAUGGGCAACUGAUAAAGCUUGUGCUAGACAGAAAUUACAGACCUGGCUGUGUACAAGUGCUAUACAGAUCUGAUGAUGACAGGAUGGUGUUUCCCAGAAUGCACUUUGACCCACUGGAUCAUAAUUACAUCUACAUAGCUUUGAGAAAUCAGAUUAACCGUAUUGCAGUAACUCAGUGUGAUAAAUAUAAGACAUUGAGAGACUGUAUUAGCAGCAUGGACCCUUUCUGUGGCUGGUGUGGGAUCAACAACAGAUGUUGUAUACAGGAGGAAUGUCCAGGGUCACCUUGGAUCUCCAUUUCUAAAGAUGGUUUUCAGAAAGAGCUGGUUUUCUUUCAGGUGGUUUCUGUGACCCCUGGAGAGAUCAAUCUGAAUCUACACCUGUACCUGGAUGCCACAGAAAGUCUUCCCUUGACAUGUACAUUCCAGGCCGGAAAUGUGGUUCUGUGUAAUAUGUCCAGUCCAGUUCCCAAAUGCUCCUGCAAUUUCUCUGAAAAGCGACUAUCUUCUGAUGGACUCCCUAUUAACGUGAGGGUCAAUAUCAGCAGUCAGACUUUCAUAGAGACCCUGACAGUGAGGAACUGCCCAAAAAUCACAGAGAAUGUGAAGUCAGAUGCUCAGUGUACAGCCUGUGUCUCAGCUGGGUGUUAUUGGAACAGCAGCAGCAGGAAUUGUACCUGGAUUCCUGUAUCUGCAAUGAAUGAAUCCAUACAAGACAUAUGCAGCGAAUCAUCCUCUGAGGGAAACUACACGCCAGAGAUCCUCUCUCUGCAGCCAAAUGAAGUGUCCUUUCAUGGCAAAAACAAUGCCGAGAUAAAGGGAAAGAAUCUGGAACUGGUUAAGAGAAUUCGCUUCCAAGGUUAUAUGGAGUGCGCUUCAAAGGAGAAAUCAGUGUUGGAGCGCUCUGCGGACACCCUGAAGUUCCGUAUUCCUGAUGGAAACAAAGGAACCGCGAAGGUGUGUGUGGUGACAGAAGAUGGACGCUGUCAUAGUAGUGCCAUCGUUACAUAUUAUUCCCUGCCCACCUGUACUGAACUGCAGCCUGGAGUCACCUGGUCCAGUGGUGAGAGGAAGAUUCACGUGUCGGGGAGCAAUUUAAAGUUUGUGGAUGCAGUUGAAAUUCAUACAUCUUCCAGUGAGAUCUUCCACAGCCAAGACAACAAGACCUUUUGGUUUCACGCUCCUAAUCAAAGAAAAUUCAGCGAUGCUGGGCCAUCCACUGUCUCACUUAGGGUGGUGAACUCAACAGUGGUCUGUCCAGUUAAUCUCAUUUACCAACCAGACCCAGAAUUCACCAGCUUCACUGCCUCUGAAGUGGGCAAUGACAUGCUGGUCAUCAUACAGAAAACGGAGGACUUAUUGAAUUUGACUAAAGCGGAUCUAAAUGUGUGGGUCUCACAGGACCAAAAACGGUUUGAGUGUAUAAUAGAGGUAGUUGAGCCCACUGUUGUGAUCUGUAAGAUUUCAGGAGCUCAGGAUAAUAAAAUCAAGGUGGACUCACUCAAGAUAGAGUUUGGCAAGGGUCCCAGAAUUGAACUGAGAGCAGGGAGUGGUAUGAGAUAUCAAUAUCUCACACUUGUCACGUUAAUCAUUUUGAUUCUUCUUGGUGCUGUUGCUGGAGUAUUUAUCCACCGUAAGAGCCAGCAGCGGAUGAAUACACAAAUGAAUAAACAUCCGGAAACGCUGGAGAAUGAAAUCAGAAUGGAGAGCAGACAAGCUCUUACAGUGACCUCACCAACAACCUCCACAGGGCAGGAGUGAAGGUAUCACAAGUCACUGUUUGAAGAAGACUUCAAGAGCAGAAAUAUAGAGGCCAUACCACAAGAUGCAAACCACUCAUCAGCAGUAAGAAUCAGAAGGUCAGAUUGGAAUUCACAAAGAAAUACAAAGAUGAGCCACAAAAUUUCUGGAAGCAAAUUAACCUCUACCAAAUUGAUGGAAAGGUCAAAGUGUGGAGAAAGAAAGGAUCUGCUCCUGAUCCAAAACAUAUGAGCUCAGGAGACAAGCACAGUGGAGGCAGUGUCAUGGCUGAGGUUUGUAUGGCUGCUUCUGGAUCAGACUAAAUAAUCUUUAGGCCAAACAAAAUAAUAUAUGUGUUUCCUGUUUCCUGGGUUUUCAAAAUAGGGUAGGUAGGUAGGUAGGUAGGUAGGUAAAACAAAUUUAUUUAUCCCAAAAGUUUACAACAAAUUUUCUAGGGUAGGUAGGAAAAAGUGAGAAGUUCCCUUUGAAAGCUUUUUUUUUUUUGCAAAAUACUCGUUCAAAACUAAACCUAGUGAUCAGAUAUCGUUGAUGAUAUAAGGAUGCACUUGUAUAUAAAUUGUUCUAAUGAUGAUGGCAUAGUUUCAUUUUCCAGGUAAAAUGGGAAUAUUUUGGUGGAUGAUCUAUUUGGUGGUGGCCAGAGUGGUGGUGGUGGUCCAGUACCUAGAUCUAUCCCUUCAGUUCUGAACAUUUCCAAAAUAUAUUUUUAUAUACUAGUGGGGACUUUCAUACUUAAAACUGAUGUCUUGUGUGUUUAUCAAAAUUGGGUGCAUGCCUAACAUCUCGGCCUUAAUGACAUUAUAUUUGCUUCAUGUUUUUUCUUAUUCUGUCUAUGAAUGCAAUGUUCACUUAUGUUGUUCUAAUGAAUACAGCUGCUCCGUGCCAUUUUCUUUAUUUGAAAAGAAACUAAAUUUCCUAUAUUUAAGUUUCCUGUU